UUUACGCGUCAAUAAAAUAAAAAAUAAAAUAAAAUAAAAUCAUCCCCGCCAAUUACGCAUUAUGUCUACAAAUCUCCUUAAACCCCAAAACUCACACUAAACUAAACCUUUCUUCUUUCUUCUUCUUCUUCUUCUUCUGGGUUCUCUCUCAGAACAUAAUAUAUAAGAGAUCAAGAAAAAGUCUUAUAUAUAUCUAAUCCACAAUGGCGGAAGAACAAGGAGAAGAGUACUUGUUCAAGAUAGUCUUGAUCGGAGACUCAGCAGUGGGUAAAUCCAACCUUCUCUCCCGUUUCGCUACAAACCAGUUCGACCCCACUUCAAAGGCCACAAUUGGGGUUGAGUUUCAGACCCAGGUCGUCGAUAUUGACGGAAAAGAGAUCAAAGCCCAGAUCUGGGAUACCGCCGGCCAAGAGCGUUUCAGGGCAGUCACUUCAGCUUAUUAUCGCGGCGCCGUCGGUGCUCUCGUCGUUUACGAUAUCACUCGCAAGUCUACCUUCGAAAGUGUCAAGCGUUGGCUCGAUGAACUUACCACUCACUGCGAUACAACAGUGGCAAGAAUGUUAGUAGGGAAUAAGUGUGAUUUGGAGAACUUAAGAGAUGUGAGUGUUGAUGAAGCCAAAAGCUUUGCUGAAGAAGAAGGCCUCUUCUUUAUGGAGACAUCUGCACUUGAAUCUACUAAUGUUCAACAAGCUUUUGAGACUGUGAUUAAGGAUAUUUACAAUAAUAUCAGCAGGAAAAUGCUAAAUUCUGAUUCUUAUAAAAAGGCUGAGUUAUCAGUUAAUCGAGUCACUCUUGUUAAGGAUGGUUCAGAUAAGCAAAAUAAGUUUAAUCUAUCAUCUUGUUGUGCUCGAUAAGCAAAAAAGUACAACUUUUUUAAGGGGAUUUUUUUUCUUUAAAAAAAAAUUAUUAAUAGAGUUGUUUUGUUGGGGCUUAAAGCA